AUGGUGAUCAUUAUUCCAAUAGUUGUAAAAUUCGUCGGAGCCAAGAAGAAACCAGUCGUCACUCGUAUUUCAACAACAACAACAACAACGACGGUUUCAACAGCAAUGACAUCAAUAACAGGAAAUGUGAAAAAUUCCAUGUGGAAACAAGAUGGAGUUACAGUAGCUGGAGGAAAUGGACCGGGCGAUCGAACUGAUCAGUUAAAUAGUCCUUUAGGUUUUACAAUCGAUGAUAAUUUGACACUUUAUAUUGUCGAAGAGACAAAUAAACGAGUUAUCAAGUGGAAAUUCAAUGCAACGAAUGGUGAAGUUAUUGUUGGAGGAAUCUUUCCCAAUGAGAAACUGAUGAGAUUAGCUCAUCCGAUUGAUGUUGUUAUCGAUGAAAAUGAUCUUAUUGUUUGUGAUUUUGGAAAUAGUCUAUUAAUCAGAUUAUCUUAUGUUAAUUUUGAUUAUGAAUUAGGAUUUUUGCUCGAUUGUCCAUGUUUUAGUUUAGCAAUUGAUCUUCAUGGAACGAUAUUCAUUGUUGAUGUUGUUGGAAAUGCGAUUAAACAAUGGAAAAAAGGAGAAUUUCAAGCAAGAAUAAUAGCAGGUGGAAAUGAUCGUGGAAAUGGUUUAAAUCAGUUGAAUGAACCUCAAUAUUUAGGCGUUGAUCGAGAUUCUUCACUUUAUAUCUCAGAUACAUUUAAUAAUCGAAUUAUGAAAUGGAUUCCAGAUGAAAAAGAAGGUGUUAUCGUUGCCGGAGAAGGUGCAGAGAAUAAUCUCACAGAUUUAGCUUAUCCAGCUGGAUUAAUCCUUGAUGAUUUUGAUAAUAUUUAUGUAAUUGAUAGUGGAUACGUACGAGUAACACGUUUUGCUUUGAAAUCUCGAGAAAAAACCGUUAUUGUUGGUGGAAGUCGAGCGGGAAAUGCUUCGUAUCAAUUACACGACCCACAAAAGAUUUUAUUCGAUCGAUAUGGAAAUCUUUAUGUUGCUGAUUCUUUCAAUCAUCGAAUACAAAAAUUCUAUCUUAACAAUUGA